AGAUCCCUCCCGCCUAAAAAUCACUAGAGAAGAGAUAAAGACAACAGAGAGAGAGAGAAACAGAGACCAGAAGUAUAAGCUAGUGGAGAAUUAGCUCUCUCUCUCUUUCUCUCUCUCACAGCUAUGGAGGCGGUGAUGCGGCCGAAGAAGAGGGCGGCGAAGGGCGGUCGGCGGCUGUCGUGACCUCCGCCUCCCCCACCGCCACCGCUACCACCUCGGGAAAUGGUGUCAGAAAGAAAGCGGUGUAGAAGCAAGGGGAAAGAGCCUCGCAGCUAAAAAAACAACCGGAAAGCGGCGAAUUUUUUUUUUUUUGUCUUUUAAGAAAGAAAGAAAGAGAACUCGCUCCUCUCCUCCCUUCCACCCGCGUGAUAAAUAGAGUUCCUUGCUUCUCUCUCGCGCUCUCUCUCUCUCUCUCUUCCUUCCUUCUUUUGAUGCCAAUACUCAAAAGAGCUUCUUUUCCUUUUUUAUUUCCUUGUUUUCUUUUUUCUUUCCAGUCCAGUGGUUGGUUGUGUUGAAAAAGCGAGGAAACGGGGCAGGAGAACAAAGAGGAGAAGAGGGGGGAAUCUCCAAGGUCUCGUCUUUGUGCUGUUCUUCGAUCCUAUGGACGCCUAUGAGGCGACGAGGAUCGUCUUUUCCCGGAUCCAGAGCCUGGACCCGAAGAACGCCUCCAAGAUCAUGGGGCUCCUCUUGAUCCAGGACCACAGCGAGAAGGAGAUGAUACGCCUCGCCUUCGGCCCCGAGGUCCUCGUCCACUCAGUCGUCCUCAAGGCCCACAAGGAGCUCGGCCUCGUCCCCGCCACCCCUUCCGCCGCCGCUACAGGCGGCCCUCCCUCUUCCUUCCUCCUCGGCCGCCAGAACUCCUCCCCUAGACACCUCGGUGGCCUCGCCGUCAGCUCCACCACCUCGUGGGCUCCGCCUCCUGUCUUCCCUAGUAGUAGAGAUGUGAACAACGUCACGCCAGGCGACGAUAUCCAGGGCUCGGCCGAGCUCGUGAGCCCCAGCAACCCAGCGGUGGCGUCGCCGUUCUACGGUGGCGGGGAGCUCAUCGAGGAGUCCCAGCUCCAGGAGCAGCUCUCCUUCCUCAACGACCCCGCUGCAUCCUCCGUCCAGGUCUCUGCCACCAACCCUGCUCUUGGCCUCCAGAUCUGCCCAAAAGGCGGCGACUUUUUCUACCCGGACGACGCCGCGGAGUGCCGGAGCCCGAGCAGCGGCGGGGAGGGCAUGCUUUUACCUUGCUCCAUAGUCGGUGGCCGCGGCUGGGGGAAGAACGGCGGUCACCAUCGCCGGAGCUUCUCCCUCGCCGACGCCUAUCUCGGGUCGGACGCGGCCGGGGCGGGGUUCGGGUGGCGACCUUGCCUCUACUAUGCCAAGGGGUACUGCAAGAACGGCGCCAGCUGCCGGUUCCUCCACGGGGUUCCCGACGACACCGCCGUCGCCACCAUGGCGGCUGCCGGCGGCAAGAUGGACCCCGUCAUCGAGCAACAGUGCCAAGAGCUUCUCCUUAGGUACAAAUCCCAGAGUUUGGGCGGCGCCUCCCGGCUCAUGGCCUCCGCCUUCCCUUAUUCCCCAACUGGAUCAGUGCCGGCCUCGCCUUCGUCCUCCAUCAAAUGCAUCAACUCUCUCCUCCAGCAGCAGAUCGAAAGCCAAAGGGUGGCAGCAGCGGCGGCGCUUAUGCUCGGCGGCGACGAGACGCAGAGGUUCACGAGGUGGUCUCGGAUGGAAAGGACCGACCUUGCGGCAAUGUCGAACCGUGGGUCGCGGCAGAUCUACCUCACUUUCCCGGCCGACAGCACCUUCCGGGAGGAAGACGUCUUCAACUACUUCAGCAUCUAUGGGCCAGUACAGGACGUAAGGAUACCGCACCAGGAGAAGAGGAUGUUUGGGUUUGUUACCUUCGUCUACCCAGAGACGGUGAAGCUGAUCCUCGCCAAGGGCAACCCCCACUUCGUCUGCGACGCCCGGGUCCUCGUCAAGCCCUACAAGGAGAAGGGCAGAGUCCCCGACAAGUACAGAAAGCAGCAGCAGGCUGAGAGGGGGGAUCUCUCCGGGUGUUCUACUCCCACUAGCCUAGACUCCAGAGACCCCUUUGAACUGUCUAAACUUGGAGGACCAAGGAUGUUAUACAGCAGCAGCAGCAGCAGCCAUGAGGCAAUUCUGAGAAGGAAGCUAGAAGAGCAGCAGCAGGUGGCGGAGCUCCAGCAGGCAAUUGAGCUCCAAGGCCGGCGAUUCAUGGGCCUCCAGCUCCUCGACCUCAAGACCCGAAACCAGAUAACCGCCACCGCCACCGCCGCCACUACCACCACCAUCUCAACAUCCGCCAUUGUCACUGCUUCAACCGAUGGAAUGAUCUUCAGUAACCAAGAAGAAGCAACAUCCCAAGUGGCAACAGGCAUCUCCCCAGGGGCAGCAGCUGCAGUGGCAGAGCAGCAGCAGGGCAACAGCCCCCACGGUGUUGCUCGCCAGCCAGCACUCGAUACUAACGCCGCUGCCGACAAGGAGGAAUCAGCCGAGGAGGCGACCCCCAAUGAAGAUGGCCGUCUCCAAGGAAGCGUGGAGCACAACCUCCCGGAUAGCCCCUUCGCCUCGCCAACCAAAGCUUCCUUCGCCGGCAACUCGUUCUCUAAUUCAUCAUCCGCCGAAGCGGACUUAGCCUCCGCUUCCCCCUCUCAGAAUAACAAGAAUAACCAUCUCAUAACCUCGGCGUUUUUCCCCGACUCUUCUACGCAUGACAUGGCUUCCUUCAGCUCAUGCUUCUUCCAGCUGCCCAGGUUCUCUUCUGGCCAUGGAGCAGUGAGGAUGUGAAGAGGCGAAAGGUUAGCUCGAGGGAGCCUUUCCUCCCAGUUGGAGAUAGAAGCAGGAAACAAGGAAAAAAGGACAACAAAUUAGGUUCGCAUGUCACCUUUUUUCCCUUUUUUUAUUAGUCUAGUUACAGACAAGAAAAGGUUGGGACGCUCCAUCACCUACCUCUAAACCAUAAAGACUGCUGCUGGUGGUGGUGGUGGAGGAAGACGAAAGGGAGGAAGGAAGCUGUGUGAAGACCAUAGCUAUCAUAUUUCCCAAUCAAUCAGUACAGCGUACAGUAUUCUACUGCUGAUGCUACCGCUACUUCUAUAUACCUACGUGUCCACCCACCAAAUACGUUUUAAUAGUUGCAUACGUACGGAGUACAGACACCGAAACAGAAGGGGAGAGAGAGAACAGGCAAAAGCCAAACUGAUUUCAGAAAAGAAUAGCAAAUGUAACGGGAAAGGAUGAAGGAUCACAUCCUUCUGUGGAGAAUAGAGAAUCGAGAGGACCGUCGCGUCGCCACUGUAUCAUGUACCACCUUUCCCUUCCUCUCAUUUAUUUUUUUCUUUUUUACUAUUACUUUACUGUAGGAGGUGACAGGAAAACCAAAAAAAAAAAGAGAAAGGAAACCGAUAAAUGAUUACUGCUCGUUUUACAUCUUUA